CUUUUGGUCCACCUUCGGUGGCGGGGGCAUAUCGCACAUGCUCUUCAACUUCACUCAUUCAUCGGCCAUCAGUUACUUCACAUCGCGACUCACUCACCCACCAGCAUCACACCGAUCUGGGUCCCCACGACCUUCGAGACAACCUGAGUGAGCUCCAACCUGCAGCGCAAUGCCGUCGAGCAAGAGUCAUCUGAGCCAGACUGAGUUCUUUGACCAGCUCGAGAAACUCUUCAGUCACCGCAAAGGCAGCGACCAUGGCGCAAUUUAUUUGACACAGAAGCGACUCACUCACUCCGAGGAUGCAACCCUACCUUCACCAGAUGAAGAGUUCCCCGACUUGAAUCUGAGUGAACCCGUGCCCAUUCUCAUUCGCGCUUCCAAUGGAAAAUCAGCCCGUGAAAGAGGGGACAAGGUCAGAAUUUCCACAGUGGUGAAACCGGACGACCUCGAUGGGUUCUACGUGCGGUAUGCGGACAUUUGCAAAGCGGGAAUGGCGGCUUUGAAGCCCAGGGACCGCAGCAAGAAGAAGGCAAAGGCGAAGAAGAAGAAGGCCGGGCCAUAGGUGUGGCAGAUAAUCAACUGAACGUCUUUGAUCGGGUCGAACGUCUUUGGACUUGUCCGCAGCGCUUGCCUGGGACUCGUUCCCU